GAAUAGCCUGCUGCACACAGUUGUUCACUCUGCUGCACACAGUUGUUCACUCUGCUGCAACCAGUGUCCACCCUUUCUCUACUCAGGCUGCAGUUGAAUACUAAGAAAGCUAUGGCUGUCCAGCAGCAGAUUACCACUGUAACCACCACCCAGAGCUCAGGGCAAUGGAGCACAGGACUGUUUGACUGCUGCUCUGACAUGGGCACAUGUUGCUGUGCCACUUGGUGCUUCCCCUGUUUUCAGUGUCAGACGGCCUCCCACUACGGCUGGUGUGCCUGUAUGCCCCUGCUGGACCCAUGUGCCUUUAUGGCUGUCUCCUGCUGCAUGCGCUCCUCCAUGAGAGAACGCUAUGGCAUCCAGGGUUCGACCUGCGUGGACGUCGGGUUGGUGUGUUGCUGCUAUGCUUGUGCCUGGUGCCAGAUGGCUCGUGAGGUUAAGACACGGACCACAUCAGGCAUCCAGCAGGUUCACAUGGUCACCCAACAGCUUCACGUGGCUUAGGACCCAGAAAAGAGAGUGGUAAACUAGAUGGCCAAGCAAGAAGUGCAAUUUCACCAGAAAUGUUGAGCAAGUGCUUUAACUUUUUGUUCCUUAUCUUGCGUGACGGUUAACAUGGGGGCGUACUCUUUGCAUUUUAUUGUUUGAAAAAGAACACACUUCCAUAAUUUUGCUAUCAUGGCUGAAUAGUGACGUCCAUGAAUGAGGGCCAUGCAUAUAAUACCACUCCAAUCUAUAGCAACCAUACUGUGUGUUGAAUGUACUGUAUACUUCAGAUGUGUCUUUAGGAGAGAAAUGCUAUACCAUCAUUAAUGUCUGAAUAACCAUUGAAUGUUCAUGUCAGGCUUAAAACAUUUUCAACAGCUUACCAUGUACUUGCCCUUCUUGUGCACUUGUCUUUUCUUCCUAGUCCUGAUAUGUGGUUGUCUUACCUAGCUACCUUAAUAUUAAUGCUCUGGAUAAGUGUGCCUGCCAAAUGACUAAAUGUGUAACCCGUGAUUCAAAUGCCAACCACCUUUCAGUUGAGUGUUCUUAUGUUUCAAUCCCUUUAAGAGUGUGCUCCUAAUCUCAGCUUGUUACCUGUAUAAAAUACACCUGGGAGCCAGAAAUCUUUCUGAUUGAGAGGGGGUCAAAUACUUGUUUCCCUCAUUAAAAUGCAAAUCAAUUUAAAACAUUUUUGACAUGCGUUUUUUGGAUUUCUUUGUCAUUAUUCUGUCUCUCACUGUUCAAAUAAACCUACCAUUUAAAGUUA